AUGGGCUUGAGGACAGUGGCCACCUUCGUCAUCCUGCUGGGGAAUGGUGACUGCUUCCUUUUGCAUUCCCUGUGGUAUUCCUACCUGCAAGCGUCAGAGCCCAACCAGGGGCUGCCCCAAUUCUUCUCCAAGGCUUACCUGGAUGACCAGCCCAUUGCUCGCUAUGACAGCCACACUGGGAAGGUGGAGCCUCUGGUGUCUUGGAUGGAGAAGAUGGAGAAGGAAGAUCCCAACCAGGGGAAAAAAGGGAAUGAGAUGUUGCUCGCCGCUGAGCAGGUUUUCCGAGAUGAAUUGAGGAGCGUAUGGCAAAACGGUGAGUCUCACACCUGGCAGGCAAUUUUGGGCUGUGAGCUCAGGGAAGACGGGAGCAAAGGAGGGUUUUUGCACUAUGGCUAUGAUGGGAUGGACUUCAUCAGCUUCGACAAGGAGACCUUCAGAUGGGUGACAGCUCAGCCCCAGGCCCAGAAGGUCAAGGAGAAGUGGGAGGAUGAUUCAGGAUGGUCCCAGAGAAACAAAGUCUACUUGGAGACUUGUAUUGAGCAGUUGAAGAGUUACUUGUCUUACAGUAAGGAAGCUCUGCAAAGGAUAGAGCCUCCAGUGGGGACGGUGAUGCACAAGACUGUCAGUGACAAGGUGGAAGUCCUCAUCUGCCAGGCCUUUGGCUUCUAUCCCAAGGGGAUCCAGGCCAUCUGGAGGAGGGGUGAAGAGGAUUGCAAGUACGGGACCCUCCUUAGGAAUGUGGCCCCCAACUCGGAUGGGACCUAUUAUGUCAGGCUCAUCAUUGAGAUCGACCCCAAGGAGAGGGACCUCUUCAACUGCCACAUAAAGCACGGCAGCUUACAGGAGCCCCUGGUCUUGGCCUGGAAGGAGAACCCUGAGGAGAAACUGCAAGACUGGGGUUGGUAA